AGUCAACGUGGAAGAGCUAAAGUCAGCUUUGCCAAGCUAAUGGGACGCCUUAUAUUCUUUUGGCCCCUGUGGCUGGUCCGUUUCCGCCAAUUAAAAUUCUGAGAAGAAUCCAGGGGCUGUUAGUGCCGCACCGAUCAUAAUAGCCUGAGGCAAGGCAGCCACCUCGACCAGCAGGCUGCCUUGAAGAGGCUGCUGCCUUUCUAGGGUAUUUAUAUUGACUACGAUGGUACCAUCUUUCUUGUAUCUUGAUUUCAUCACUACUAUCUCUUCCAGUGAACUCAGAGUACCGAGCUACCACCACACUUCCCUUACGACCACUUUUUUUGUUGAUUUGGAGGCCAUUGCAAUGCCAGUCACCGUGCGCCCUGCUAGCCACCCGGCACGAAGGCUGAUUCCCAAAGCCGUGAACUCUGCUGAGGUACUGUUCAAGGCGUCUUGCCCUAAAGAGGCCGCACGGUGCAAGCGAAUGAUUCGGCCUCCAACCACUGACUUCAAUCGUCUGAACAUCAUCCCUUCAUCCAAUGGCCUUGUCAUGGCGGCGUACGAAGCCUACAGCCACCACCAUCACCUCAAGAUCCGACCUGAAGAUGUUUGGUUCACCAUCCUGACCCAGAUAACCUUCUACAUCAAUGCUCACGCUGAGGAACUUCGAUCGUCCUUCGUCAGCCAUGCAGGUAAAGAAGAACUUGUUGUGAUUGACUCUGGUAGUAUCGAAACUUUUGAUGCCGGGAAACUGGCGAUAUGGCUUACUAAAGCAAUGGACCAAUACCUUGUUGAUCCAGGGCUACGUGAUUGGAUCAUGCCAAGCUUUACCACUACCACUCGAAUAGAUACCGAGACCGCUGCCAUCAUCAUGAUGGGUGCGAUGCAAAAGUACUUCAGUUAUCGCAUGGGUUUGACAUGUGGCAUCCCUUCUGUUACUCUUUUGGGGGAGAAGGCUGACUGGGUUGACUUACGCCAACGCCUCAACAAGCUACCUGAAUUCGGCCAGGAACCUAGACAAUUUGCCGCUCUACUAUCUCCCAUACUCGAUUACUUCAUUGCUACAUUUGAGGAUCCUGAUAAUCAUAGAGUUGUAGAUUUCUGGACGAAGAUUGCAGACAAAGAGAGCAAUAGCUCAGGUCCGUCCUAUCUCUCGGGAUGGAUCACAGCCUUUUGCUUCUGGAACGGCGAGGGUAGAAUGCUGCACCGCGCAACCAGGGAUGCUUGUGACCUUGAUGGUACGUUGUAUCAUCGGGUUGACAUAAAAGACAUACCUAGCGCUCAUAUGUCUGUACCGGUUGUGGUCGAUGAUGGUGCGCGGGAGUACAAGACCAGAAUGGUUGCCGGGCUAGUCGGUAUGGCGGCAUCUAGCAGCGGAGAAAAGCUGGACACCAGCCAAGGCCACAAGGCCUGGGUGACGAAAGGGAUGCUUGGGCCAUCAGAGUUUGUAGAUGUAGCACCAGUAAUGGGCGAAGAUACUGGGCUGGACUCACUGCAACCUGUCGCCGGCUGGUUUAUGUACGAGUUGAAAGAUCCUGGUCUCUCUGGAGUGUUUAGAAGCUGGGCAUAAGCAUGCUUGAUGAAGUCAGCCGAUUAGUACAAUACUCAGGACUUCAACGGCGUAUUCUUUAUUCUUUAGGACGAGCUGAGAAGUCUUGCAAUCGUUGAUCAUGCUGGCCUGAAUCAUGACCGG